GAAUUCUCCCGCGCCCAAAAAGUGGAUUCUGUUUCCUCGAUUAUCCAUCUACCUCACUUCCUUCACCUUUUUUCCAUCCAACAGACACAUAUCCUCUCCUCAUUUUUUCAUAACCAAUGCGUGUUGCCACUUUUUUGUUCGCCACUUUGGCUCUAGUUGCCUCGACUGUCAUGGCAGGUCCCAAGACUGUUGAUGGCAAUAAGAAGUACCACAGCAAGCCCAUUGUCAUCAACAAGAAAGUCUUCCAAACCUCGAAGGUCCCUUUCAUCCCUCAUAGUGGCACUGGCUUGUUCGCCAAUUGGGUUGGAUUGAAUGUAGAUUUCAAGUAUGUCAAACCUGUCUUUGAUCUUGUCAACACUACUAAGGACUUUGGUAACGGAACCUUGAUCUCCCGUGGAGAGUCACAUAUCACUGUAAUCUUGCCCACGGAGUAUGAUCAGAUCCUUCACCCUGCUGGUGUGACCAUUGAAGAGAUCAACGCCCUUGCCUCACACAAGAACCGUCUUCAGCGCUCCAGACACCGUGAUAUCCAUGCAGAGGAUGGCGUCUUCAAGGGCAAGAAUGCUUGCAUCCACAAGAUUGUUUCCAAACCCUUAUCCCUUUCAUUCAGACUCUAA